AUGCUGCAACGCGUAAGGAUACGGCCGUUGCCGGCCUCGCGGCUUCUCAGUUCACGCUCACAAUUCUCAGAGCCCAUCCACAACUUCCGCGCCAGGCCCAGCCAAGUUCAACUGCCACAGCCACGAGCCGGAAGGCAUUUUCACUAUGACCCCCACGCAGUGGUGUUUCAGCUGCCCCUGAAGACGCGGCUGAAGUACAUGGCUUAUGGUGCGCUUUCUCUCAUAGCCCUGGGCGGCAGUUACCUGACCUGGCAGCUCUACGGCCUGUACGGGCAGCGCAACGAGCUGGAGGAGGAGCUCAAGGACGCCGUGGGCAAGCUGCGAGCCUUUAAUGAGGAGUUUGCGCGGGGGUUUUCCCAGGCUCGCGCCACGAGUGAUCACCACGCGCUCAGGCAGCUGACCUUUGAUCUGGCCCGGAGGUCCCUGGCGGAUACGGAGACGGAGCAGCUACCGCCGCACAUUGUGGAGUUUGGCGAGCUGCCUGGUUUGCCAUUCGACGACCCGAGGAGCGGGAGAGAGUUGGUUCCCAGGGAGGACACGCUGAUCCUCUUGGAAAAGGACGAGCUGGAUCGGAUCGCCACCUGCCAUGUUGCUGUCAACUUGGAGCUUGAUGACGUGUAUCGUGGGCUCGCAGACCCUAAGCCAGAGCCCGACGCAGACAAACUUCUGGAAAUACUUAGACGGGUUGGGGACCAAAUUGAGUUAUGGCGAAGGCAAGGCCGCUUGUUUGAGGACCAUACGGGCGAGAUCGACCUGGUCAUCUUGCUCGGCUUUAGGGAGAAGAACUGGGCAUUAGAAUACGCGGCGGGACACUGGAAUUCCCUAGCCGGCCCGGGCAGUAUCGUGGAGCAAUCCGAAUCCAUCGUCAGAGCUGAAGAGAUGCUGGCGGUGAUGUCGAAAGACAACAAGGGCUUCUUCCGCAGAAGAUGA